AUGAUGCCGGAGGCGAAUAAAGAGUUGGCUGACCAGAUCAAACGCUGCCUCGACUGCAGUUUCCAAGACAAUCAAGAUCCACUACGUGAUUCUGCGUUCGUUGAGGAAAAAGUCAUGCUCUGUCUCUCACUGUCUAUGACAAAUGACCCAGAAAUCCUCAAGUGUGCACCACUAACGCUCAUUGGAUCGAUAGUUCGUUGUCUGUGCGUCGCCUGCCAGCAGGACGCCUCAGUGGAGUCUGCAUUGAUCGCUUGGAGAGGUGCACGAAAACCGCCUAAAGUCGGUGUCGACGAAUCGAUUUUUAGCAAAGACACAACUGCCAACGAUGAGAUCAUGCUGAAACUGAACGAACAUCGUCUUGGCACGCAAUGUUUACUAGGUGACGUCGAGAGUGACAGGAAUAACUUGGCCUCCAUCUUAUGUCACCUAUGGAGGUGCAACAUGGAGCGUCUGAUUGGUGAUGAUCUUCGCGAAUCGGGCCUGCGACCAGUCAGUGCUGACAGAAGGCAACUGCAACAGGCAGAAGAAAUAGCGAAAAUCAGAGGGGAAGGCAUUAGGUCGAAGAAAAUGGCUAUUUUGCGAGCCGCUAAUGACGCGGAUGCCUGGCUCGAGGCCGAGUGCUGCAACCUGGUAGAUUGUUAA